AUGGUAUUCAAAUUUAAGAAGAAAAAGAAGGAAGAAAGCUCGGACAAGUUAAGCAAGCAAUCGCAAAACGAUGAAGGAAAUGCCAAUGAGGAGGCAGAAAAAAAAGACCACAAGAGUAACUCCUGGUACAAGAAAAUAAUCGACAAUGCAAUUAUAACGAAGAGCAAGCAUGACGAUAAGGAGGAGCAGGAGGAGGAGAAAAAUGGCGAAGGAAAUGACAGCAGGGCGAUGGAAAGAAAUAAAGAUUAUCAAUUGGAAGAGCAACUGAAGGAAACCCUAAGGUCAAUCACGUCCUUGUCAACCAAAAUUGUGAAUUACGAAACGAAGAUUGAAGAUUUGGAGAAAGAGUUAAAAAUGGAAAAAGAUAAACAAGUGGAUAAGGCAUACGAAAAGGAGUUGAAGGAGAAGGAGAAUUUUAUUAAACAAAAAAUUGGCAUGCUAAAUGAGAAGGAAAAUCUGCUAAAUGAGAAGGAGCUGGACAUAAAUAUGAGAGAAGAAAAAAUUAAUGACAGAGAAAUGUUCAUUUCGAAAAAGGAAGACAAACUGAAUGACAUGCAGGAGCAGUACUUGGAAAAAAAUAAAGAAAAAGAAAAACUCCAUUUUGAAAUUGCAGAUAUUAAGAUUUCCUUAGAAAAGCUAAAGUACGAAGUUAAAGAUAAAAAGGACUGCCUAGAAAAUGUCAGCAAUAAGGUAAUUUUGAAGGAAAAUACUCUGAGGGAGUUAAAAGAAUUUAUAAGGGAAAAAAACGAAAUGAUAGAAUCGCUUAACGAGAAGAUAACAGAGAAGGAGAAAAUAUAUGAGCAGUUAGGGAAGGACGUGGAGGAGAAGAGAAAGAUCAUCGAAUUGCUAGACAUGAAGGCAAAUGAAAAGGAAAAAUAUUUCGAAGAAAAAAUUAAAGAGUUAGAAAAAGAACAAAAUGCGCUUCUGCAAAAGUUAAAUAAUGUUAAGAUGAGGGAGAAGGAAGUUGAGACGAGGGAAAAUGACUUCCUGCACAUGGAGGACGAGCUGAAUGAUCUUCGCAGUAGCUUCUCGAAGAAUGAUUGUCAGCUAAAGAUCUACAAAUUGGAAAUAAAAGAUUUGAGCAGCGCCCUUGUGGAGAAGGAGAGAGAAAUAUUGGACUUGAAAAAUACCUACGACGGGGAAAUCUGCUCAUUAAAGGAUCAGAUAAAGGAAAAGGAAAAGGAAAUCGCCAAAGGUAGUUCCUCCGGUGGUGACGUGGGUGCACAAGAUGAGCCAGCUAGCGAAGUUGAAAGUGAAGAAAAGGCGGACCCCAAAGAGGAAGGUGUGGAGAACAGCUUGACCGAUUUGCUCAAAAUGAAGGAAAGAGAGCUGCACGAAAUGAAGGAAAAAUACGCAAAGGAAAUAGACACACUGAAUAGCGAGCUGAAUGAGAAAAAGAAAGAAUUCGUGGAGGCAAAAAAUAGCCACAUCAACCAGAUAAACAACCUAAAUGAUGAAAUUGAGGAGAGCGAAAGCAAAAUGGCAGAACUGAAAAGUGGCUACGAAAUGGAGAUCAAAAAACUGCGCAGCGAAAUUAAUGCAGUGCACGAGGAGAAGUACCUCUUGAGCAACGAAAAACAAACACUCAGUGGAGAGAUAGACAAGCUGAAUGAAGAGAAGAAGUCCCUGGCCAGCGAGAAGGAGGAGCUACAUAACAAAAUAACCACGUUGAACAGCGAAAUUGGGACGUUACAUGUGGAGAAACAGGCACUCACUGGAGAAAUAAACACCUUAAACGAUCUGAUUCACACCCUGAAGAAUGAAAUCAGCUCGUCGGAUAACCUGAUUAGCAAAUUGAAAGAGCAAAUGAACGCCAUCAACGAAGAAAAGGAAGGAAAGGAAAAACUCAUCACAGAGAUAGAAAAUAAUUAUAAAAAUGAAAUAAACGCGCUGAAGGAAAAAUUAAAAGACACGGACAAUCAAGUGAGCAUAAGUAUUAGGGAAGAGAUGGACCACCUCAAAUGCGUCCUUGGCGAAACGGAAAAGGAAAACAAACAGAUGAAGGAGGACUACCACAAAAAGAUAAAACAGUAUGAUGAAGAAUUGCUAUCGAAGCAGCAAUAUUUUGAAGAAGAAUUAAAUAACAUACGCAUCAAAUCGCACGAAAAGGAACAAAUUUUGAUUUUAAAAAAUGACGAGUUGAAGGAGUCGAAGCUAAAGACGGAGGAGAAGUACCUCAAGCUGUACGAUGACAAAAUGAGUCUCCUCAGGAAUAUGUGCUCCAAAGUGGGGCUCCCCUACAGCGAUGAAGUUUCGGUGGAGGAGCUUCUCGAGCGGGUGGGCAACUACGUAAGUGGGAUGGGUGAACCGGGGGGUGCGGCACACAGGGGGGAGCAAAGUGAGGAGCCGCAUGAGGGGCAGUCGAUUGUGGAGGAGACGAAUGAACCCCUUUUGAGCGCCCAAACGGCCGACAAUGCUAAUAGCCUAGAGGACAAGACAACCCUACAGGCGCUACAGAAAGAACUGGAAAGUGUGCAAGAAGAGCACAGAGAAGAGGUAGCCAAAAUGAAGAGCUAUUUGGCGAUGAAGGAAAAAACGAUAGAGGAGUCGAACCACACAAUCGCCGAGUUGACCGGAAAGAUAAACAGCCUGAAUGAUACCAUUUCGUUUUUUAAGGUUAACCACUCUGAGGAGAAAAUUAAUUCCUAUAUGGACGAAAUUAACAGCUUGAGCUUGACGCUUAGCGAGCUGAAGGCUAAGAAUGAACAGGAGCAGUUGGAGAAUCGAAACGAAAUUGCCAGGCUGUCGGAAGAGCUCAGCGGGUAUAAGCGGCGUGCUGAUGAGCAAUGUAGAAAGAGGAGCAGCGAGAAGGAGAGAAGCGAGUCCAAGAGGGGAGACACAAGAGGUGACUCCGAGAAGGAACAAAUCUCCGAGUCGGACGUGGAAGGGGGGGGCAAUUUAAAAUCCUUUUUACACUUUCCCCUUCGAAAAAUAAAAGGGAAAAAAAGAAAGGCCUCUAAAACUGAGAAGGAAAUACAAACGGAGCUUAGGAGAAACGAGCCAGAGAAUGAACAGAGUGAGAAAAAUGAGAAGGCGCCUAGAGGAGACAGCCUGGAGGUGGACCAGUACAAAAAGGAAUUGGAGGAAAAGGCGAAGAUUAUUGAGGACUUGAAGGACAAAAUAUGCACCCUGACGAAUGAGGUUAUGGAUUUGAAGAAUGUGAAGAACGAGCUGGCUGAGCGGGAUAGCAGCUUGGCGAAGGCGGGCGAGGAGGCGGAAAGGCAAAGAGAGCAGUUGGACACGCUGAGCGCCCAACUGGGGGGUGCAAACGGAGAGGUGGAGAGGCUCAACGAAGAGGUGGAGAAGCUGAAGGAGGGAGAGGCACAAUCGUGGGGGGAAGCGGAGAAGUGGAAAGGGGAAGCAGAGAAGUGGAAAGAAGACGCAGCGAAGUGGGAAGCGGACACAGUGAAAUUGAAAGAGGACGCAGCGAAAUGGGAAUCGGACGCAGUGAAGUGGGAAUCGGACGCCGAGACGUGGAGGAAAGAAGCGGAGGAACUGAGAAGCAGCGCGAAUCAAUUGAACGAAGAAUUAUGCUCGAAGGAAAAUAACUACGUGUUGAAGCUGAACGAAAAUGUGGGAGUUAUACAAAAAAUGAAGGACUCAAUUGAUGCACGUGAAAAGGAGAAGGAGAAUUACGUUCGCGAGAUAAACGAUUUGAGAAACGAACUCGAAGGGUUGAAAUUGAAGCAUGAUGCGUUGAGUGAGACGUAUAAGCAGUUGGAGGGGAAGAGCAGCCCCCCCAGUGGAGAUGACCCCCCUGGUGGAGAUAACUACACCAGUGAGGGAGAGAAUAAAUUAAGCAUCCCAAAUGAGAAUUGCGAAAUGGACCAAGCGGAGGAAGCGAAUGCCAACCCAGGUGUUCCCAAGAGCGAAAUUGCCACCGAGGGGGGUGUCUCCUCAUUGGCAGUGAACGAUUACAUAAGCGAAAUAUCGCACCUGAAGGAAGAAAUAAACAGACUAACCCUACUGUAUAGCAACGAACUGAACGAAAAAAACAGCUCUGAUAUUAGGACCAAAGAGCUGCUGAGCCAGUUGAAGGAACUCGAAGUGAGGGAUAAAGAAAAUGAGGAAAAGAUUGCUGCGCUGAGCAAAAUGAAUGAGAAAAUGAAAGCGAAAAAUGAAAAGCUGAAAUCGGGGAAGUGGUUAUCUAGGAAGGACCACGCGCCGAAUGAAGAGGUAGAUAUCGCAGGGGAGGAGCGUAAGAAGAAGGAGAAGGAGAAAGUGCCUCACCCGGAUGUGAAAGAGGAGAGUCUGUCUUCAGAGCAUGUGAACACACUGGAAGGAAACACCUACCGCGUGAUGAGAAUAGUUGAUGAAAGUAGCCCCGCGGGAGGAGGCCAAAUAAUAGGGUCCUACUUGUACACCAAAAAGGUGGAAGAUUUACACGCAGUAAAUGGAGCAAAUGUGGCAGAUGCACAGCUGGCUGAGAAAAACGCAAUCACAGUUGUGUGUCUAAUUCUAAGCGAAAUCUUAAGCCUCCUAUUUUUGAACGAUCAAUUUGUUAACGCCUUUGAACGGAUAAACAAAAGUCUGUGGAAGCUUAUGUACAUGCCUGAAGAGAUUAAAGCGCUGCUUCUGAGGUAUUUUUCCUUUAUGAGUAAGCUCAGGGAUUAUGCCAAGGAGGUGCACGGGAGGGUGGAAAAUGAGAGGUAUGAAGACAGCCAAAGGCAGGACAACCAACGGUACGACGAUUCGUGGUUACUUUUUCAAAACUAUUUGGAGACGUCGAGUAGUAUCAAGAGGGACCUGGUGUGCUUCAUUUUGGAAGAGAAGGAAAAUGAACUAGCCGAGCUGGGCGAGCACUAUGGUGGUGGAAUGAGAAAGGGAGAGGAAGUAAUCGGGGGAGUACGCGGAGUGCGCGGGGGAAAAAUCGCCGACAUCAUAAACCUUUCAAAGGACGAAAUGAGAUUGAAGACCAUAGCACAGUUAAGAAGAGACCUAGAUUUUGAAAAGAAAUCGAAAACAUUGCUAAGCAGGGAUUAUCAGUUGUUACUUUAUAAGUACCAGGAAUGCGUGAGGAAGCUAAAGAGGGUAAAAAAUAUGAUAAGGCAGCUAAAUCUGAACGACCAUUCAAAUAGAGGCAGUUUCGCCUUAAACAGGGAGCUGGACAGGUGUUCCGAAGUGAGCAACGAGCGAGGUUUUAACGAGGAGGGGGGUGAUGAAGAUUCGCACGGAAAUUACAAAAACUGCAUUCUGCAAGACAAUAAUAAUAAUAGCAGUGUAAAUAACUAUAAUAGUAGUAACACCAAAUUGGAGAGUCGGGAAAAUGUUCUAAUCAAGGACCUAAUCAAUUUGAGGAGGGCGCAAAAGGUGAAGGGAAAUAAUUUGAUCCACUGGGGCCGUCCCAGCAUGAUGAUGGGGGGCAGGUGUCACCAAGACGCUUCCCAUGUGGUAAGGGCGAUGGUAAAUGGACCCAAAAUAAGCAGCCAGAAUAUCUUCGCACACAUGAACAGGCUGAGCAAUGCGCCCAAAAUUAGCGACCACUUGGAUGACAUGAAAAAAAUGAAAAAUAUUUUUAACGAAUUUGUUGAAACCAGAGGGGACGUUACGUUUGUGCACAGGAGUCCCUUCUGCGAAACGUGACACCCCCUCGGUGAAUUAUUUGUCCUGCAAUUGUUUUGGUGCGCUCUUUACGAAGGGGGUUUAUACGCCCACGAGUGUGCCACUCCUGUGUGUUACUCGUGUGUGUUACUCGUGUGUGCCGUUAAAUACGUUGCCGCGGGAAUGUUCAUCUUGCCGGCCAAAUUGUAGGCCAGUUCGGGCACCCCAUUGGGGCACACACACACGUGCGUAUAAACGCGUGUACACGCCGCUACCUGCGCGGGGUUACUACGCGACACCGCUCGUGGCGACACCCCUCGUCGCGACAAGGCCACCUUGGCACGCGCAAGCCUGGCAAGUAUACUCACUUGCCCUAUUAUGAAUUUUUUUUAAAGAACUCCUCCACGUUUUUUUUGUAAAACAACACAUCCUGUACGUUCUUUAUGAACCCUGCGGGGGAAAAAAUACGCAAAUAAAUACGCAAAUAAAUACGCAAAUAAAUACGCAAAUAAAUACGC